UCAACCUUUUCUCGCUCGAUAAAUUAUUUUUUUUCUGUGGCGCGUAUUACUUUUUUAUCUCUCUUGUCAUAUUUAUUCAAAAACGCAAAUAAAUACCCAUAUACCUUUUAAUAGAAUAUCUUAACCAUGAACGCUAAUUACAAUUUUACCGAUAAAUCCGAGAAAACUCUUGCAGCAGCAUUUCAAAUAGCUCGUGACUAUUCUCACGUACAAUUAAUUCCAGCACACAUUGCAUGUGCAUUAUUUGAUGAUACAGAAGGCGAAUCCCUAUUCAAAAAUAUAAUUAAUAAAGCAGGUGGUGAUGCAUCUUCAGCCGAGAGAGCAUUUAAAAAAUUGGUCGUAAGAGCUCCCGCACAAGAUCCACCACCAACUGAUGUAUCACUAAGUCCUCAGGCUGGUAAAGUUAUUCGUGCCGCACAUGACAUUCAACAGCGUCAGAAAGAUAGUUAUAUCUCUCAAGAUCAUCUGAUAUUGGCUUUAACCGAGGAUGCACAAUGUUUACAAGCGUUAACUGAAUCUGGUGUCUCAAAGAAAUCCUUAGAAAUGGCUAUUUCUCAAGUGAGAGGAAAUCGUCAUGUUGAAUCAAAGAGUGCUGAUGAAAAUUAUGAAGCUUUAAGCAAAUAUGCGGUUGAUCUAAUUCAAUUGGCGAAGGCUGGAAAACUUGAUCCGGUUAUUGGUAGAGAUGAUGAGAUUCGUCGCGUAAUUCGUGUUUUAGCUCGGAGAACGAAGAAUAAUCCAGUGCUAAUUGGUGAUCCAGGUGUUGGUAAAACAGCUAUUGUGGAAGGUCUUGCACAAAGAAUUUUAAGGAAAGAUGUUCCACAAUCGCUAAAUGCUAAAUUAUUUUCUUUAGACAUGGGGGCGCUUAUUGCUGGUGCAAAAUAUCGUGGUGAAUUUGAAGAAAGAUUAAAAGCCAUAUUAAAAGAAGUAAAAGAAUCUGAAGGAGGAAUUAUCUUGUUUAUUGAUGAAAUCCAUUUAGUAUUAGGAGCUGGUAAAGCAGAAGGUUCAAUGGAUGCUGCCAACCUCCUUAAACCAAUGUUGGCUCGUGGAGAAUUACGAUGUAUUGGAGCAACCACAUUAGAUGAAUAUCGAAAAUAUGUUGAAAAGGAUGCAGCGUUUGAACGUCGUUUCCAACAAGUUUUGGUUGGAGAACCUUCUGUUUUGGAUACUAUCAGUAUUUUACGUGGAUUGAAAGAACGUUAUGAAAUUCAUCAUGGUGUAAAGAUUUCUGACACAGCUCUGGUAGCCGCAGCACAAUUAUCAGCGCGGUAUAUUACUAAUAGGUUCUUACCUGAUAAAGCCAUCGAUUUAGUAGAUGAAGCUUGUGCAAAUACUAGAGUCCAACUAGACUCAAGGCCCGAAAUUAUUGAUCAAUUAGAACGUCGUCACCUUCAACUUGAAGUCGAAGCUGCAGCCCUUUCAAAAGAAAAAGACGAGUCUAGUCGCCAAAGACUUGAAAAGGCUAAAGAAGAAAUGGCAGAAAUUGAAGAAAAAUUACGACCUCUUAAGGCAAGAUAUGAGAAUGAUAAAGAUCGAUUUGAUGAAAUAAGAAGACUUAAGCAAAAAUUGGACGAAUUAAGAGCAAAAGCAGAUGAUGCCGAAAGACGUACAGAUAUUCAAACAGCUGCCGAUCUUAGAUAUUAUGCCAUUCCUGAAGUUGAAAACCGUAUUCAGGAAUUACAAUCUCAAAAAGAUAUAGAUGAUCAAAAUAAGGCUGCUAAUUCGAAUAAUAAUGAAGAAUAUAAUUUAUUAACAGAUACAGUUGGUCCAGAACAAAUUAAUGAAAUAGUGUCAAGAUGGACUGGUAUUCCAGUAUCACGUCUUUCCAAAUCACAAGCAGAAAGAUUGCUUACACUUUCUGAAUCUCUACAUAAGAGAGUGAUCGGACAAGAUGAAGCCGUUGAUGCAGUUUCAAACGCAGUAUUAAGAAGUCGUGCUGGUUUGGCACGUGAGAAGCAACCACUUGGAAGUUUUCUAUUUCUUGGACCAACUGGUGUUGGUAAGACUGAACUUAGUAAAGCAUUGGCUCAGGAACUUUUUGACGACGAAAAAUUUAUCGUUCGUAUCGAUAUGUCAGAAUACAUGGAAAGUCAUUCUGUGGCUCGCCUCAUAGGAGCACCCCCAGGUUAUGUUGGUCAUGAUGAAGGCGGUCAAUUAACAGAAGCAGUUAGAAGACGACCUUUUAGUGUAAUCUUGUUUGAUGAAGUUGAAAAAGCGCAUGUUCAAGUUGUUAAUAUUCUUUUACAAGUAUUGGAUGAUGGUCGUUUAACAGAUGGUCAAGGUCGUCAUGUUGACUUUAGUAAUACUGUAAUAAUUUUGACAAGUAAUUUAGGAUCUCGUCAUCUUCAAGGUCUCUCAUCAGAUUCAAUUAAUGAUACGAUAAAAGAAAAAGUUAUGUUUGAUGUUAAAACGCACUUCCGACCAGAAUUCUUAAAUCGCUUAGAUGAUAUAAUUAUUUUUACACCACUUAGUGUUCAAGAUAUUCGUAAGAUCGUUUAUGUUCAAUUGGAAAGAUUGAACAAUCGUUUAGAAGAUAGACGUAUAAAAUUAGUCUUGAACGAUGAUGCAUUCAAAUGGUUCUCGGAAUAUGGGUAUGAUCCCGAGUAUGGUGCACGCCCGUUAAACAGACUGAUUAAACAUAGAAUCUUGAAUCCAUUGAGUAGACUUUUAAUUGAGGGUAAAGUAAAAAAUGGAGAUGUAGUAAAAGUUUCUACUUCAAGUGAUCAUUCAGAUAUAGUUUUAAGGGGAGAAAACAUAGGUGAUGGAGUAUUAAAGAGUAAUAAUAUGGAAGAUAACGAAAUGUUGGUUGAUGAUAUGGAUUGAUGAUGAUCAAGUGAAAAGAAAAUAAUACAAUUAUAUAAAGUAUUAUAAUACUAAAAUUUUAAUAGUGAUAUUAAAAUUUUAUGUAAACUUUAUUCGGUAUUAUAUGUAUUAUAUUUUCUAGUAUUACAGUAUAUUAUUAUAUAAUAAGUAUUAUAAUAUCCCUUUUAGUAUUAAUAUUCUAG